UAAGAGUCUGAUUGUGAACGAGCUGCUGAUCGAGUGAAAGCAAUUUAAAUGAUUUCAUGUUAUUUUGAUAAAAAAUUGAAUUGUUUAGAGUUGAUUAAACGCAUGGUGUGUGAGUGGUGUUUUAGGGACUGGGGGGAGUAAAAAGUGAAGUGCAAUUGCAGAAGGUUUAUCGCGCGUGACAGUUCUAGUUUUGCUUGUCGUUGGAUAUUCAAAGGGACAAUCAGAGUACUGGGGACAGCCAGAGGAUUUGUGGAGGAUUAUUUUCGGGUUUUUGCAUUUGGUUGGAGUUUUUUGGAAAUUGUUGAGACUUGAUUGGGCUUUGGAGGAAAAAUGUCGGGGAAAUUGUUCACUGACGUCGAGCCAUUCAGUGAAACAGCUCUGGAGAAUCCGCGGAUUGAAGAUAUCGAGGCCGAAACCCUAGCGGAGAAUGGAAUGGACAUUGGUGAAGAGGUACCCUAUGCCGAGCCCCUUGCACCUGAAGAGAUAAGAUGGUUUUACAAGGACGGCGUCGACAAGAGAUGGGUGGAAUUUUGUGGAUACGACAGUCUGAGGAUUGAGGAAGCGUGGAGAAAAAAAAUGGAAAAGGAGAGAAAUGCCAACGAAACGAACGACGAUUGCGAGAGGGUCGUUGUCAAAGGGGGAAUGUAUGACGUCAAACUCGAUGACAUGAAGUGUGUUUCCAUAUUCUGGGCAGGUGAAGAAUGGGAGAUAAUGAGGGCAACAUGGUAUUACGAGGCGAGUUGGAUACCUCUCGAGUUAGAACACUCGAGGGUAAUAGAAGAGUCCCAUCUGAAGCUCUUCGAGAAGCGAAAGGGUUCGACUGCCGGUUCCACCCCCGAAGAGGCAUCCCCCUCUCACUCCUACAGAGUUCUACACACUGAGCGUUUUUCCGAGUUUCAUGUCGACUGGCACGCGAUUAACGAUGUAGCACUUUACAGCGAGUACACAACUAGUAAAUUAAUGCGGAGUGUGACCUCCAGAUUGGGAUUCAGCAAGACAAGUGGUUACCAACUAAGAAGAGGCUAUAAAGUCAACGCCUCAAUAUCCGACAAACCCAACGACAUAGACCAUCUGGUCUUCGUUGUCCAUGGAAUUGGACAGAAACGAGAUACCCAAAAAAUCAUUCGCAAUACUGCACUAUUUCGUGAUUGUGUAGAUUGGUGUAGAGAAAAGUACUUCGCCUCAAGCUCCCAUCGAGUUGAAUUUUUCCCAGUGGAAUGGCGUUCCUCGUUGAAACUUGAUGGUGACAUAGUAGAUGCAAUAACACCGUACAGUGUCCUGAGCAUUCGCCACCUCCUCAACUCUUCUGCCAUGGAUAUUCUGUACUAUACAAGCCCCCUCUACGGUGGUGAGGUGCGAGCUGGUCUCCAGAGAGAGUUAAAUCGUCUCUACUGUAAAUUUAUCAGCAGACAUCCAGACUGGAAGGGCAAAGUAUCUGUUCUCGCUCAUUCCCUGGGCUGUGUUAUUGUUUAUGAUAUUGUAACUGGUUGGAUGGGACCAGAUACACGACCACCAUCACCAGCUACUCAAGAGGUGGCCACUGAUGGAUUAAAAUUCACUAUUGAGAAUAUGUUCUGCCUUGGCUCGCCACUCUCAGUAUUUCUAGCCCUCCGAACUCGUACACCCUCGAAUAGGGUCGAUGUUAUGCCACCGGGCUUAUGCAAGAGAUUCUACAAUAUUUUUCACUGGUCUGACCCAGUUGCCUAUAGGAUGGAGCCACUGCUGGUGAGGGGCUACAGGAAAAUUGAUCCUGUUCUCAUUCUUCCUUAUGGUGGGGUCGAUGGACAGCAGAUUGAUACACCACCUGCAUCGUUGGCGAAUGGAGAGGGAACCAUACCUACUUCAGAUAAUGAGGAGAGAGAAGUCGAGAGCCCUACGGAGACCCCUAACAGAAGUGUUGAGAGGGGUUGGAGCCUGUGGGGGCUGGUUAGGGCUGGAUGGAACACUAGAGAAGUAGAUACCACGGACAUUAAUCCAAUCCGUCCUGACGAAGAAUUGGAGCAACGACUUGAUUACGUCCUGCGGGCAGGUGCGAUGGGUCGAAACUACUUAUACACAGUGAGAGCACACACAGCCUACUGGAAUAACUACGACGUUGCCUAUUUUGUUCUAACCCGCUUGUUCCCGAACCUGGAGACGUGAUGUUGGCUUGACUUAUCCAACACCGAUAACAAUCCCCCCGGAUUGUAGUGCACAAUUAUCCCCUAGUCCGCGGUAUUUGCGCCUUAUUUACCCCCCUAAUAAACUCUGUGAGAGGAGACAGUGGGUUUGUCGCCAAAUGAGCUAGAAUACAAACAAAUAAUUAACCAUUUCAAAAAGCAGACGAUGAAAAAUUGAUGAAAAAAAACCAUCUGUGAUAACGGAAAAACGAUACAAUAAGCUGAUUACUUCGUAAGCCUAAUCAAUCGAUUGUCGCGUAAUUUUUGUAUUUGAAAAAAAAAAAGUGUUAGGCGUUAGAUUUUCAAUUAUACAAUUUAUCGAACGUUGAUGAGAAAUGCACUAAUCGUGUCAAAUUGUUUUUAUUAAUUAGUAACAAAAAUUGUACUUUAUUGGAAAGACUGUCCCUCCAUUGAUCGAACAAUUUGUUCUCUUUCGCCUGGGGCAUUUCAUUGAUGUGAAAAUGACAAAGAUUUUAUUUCUUAUUUCGAAAAUCCACGAAGAACUAUUAGAAGUUUUUUUUUCCUAUUUCGCUUAUUAUGUGAAUUUUCCAUUCUUUAGUUGAUCAUUAGUUAUGUCAGUUACAAGGGGCCCUAGGUGAACAUGUUCAUGAAUUAAUGAACAUGUGUUCAUGAAUUAAUUUUUAGUGUGUUAAGACUCACCUCACAUUUCAAUCUAUUUAGAUUUAUUUUUAAAAAAAGAUUAGUGAAUAAAUCGUUAAUAGUCUAUCUGAAAGUGUCAUACCGUCACAAACUAGGAAAACAUUAAGACAAUUAUCUUUAUUUUUCAAUGCAGAUUUUUGCAUGACAGCACCAACGUAUACUUUGUUUAUCAUCGUUGGUUUGUUUCCGAAUUAACUAGUGGAAUCCAGUCAUUUAGGGUAAGCGCGAGAACGAGAAUGGGAUGGAGUGAUUAGAGAGAAUUUUUUUCAUAUAUUAAUAUCUUUGUAGAAUCAAUGAUAUGAGAAACGUGAAGUUUGAAUGAAACUGUAGUUACAGCACAUUGAAGGAUCAAUAAAAAUGAUCAAUGAAUUAUU